AUCCAGGUGGGGAACCUAUACACCAAGAAACCGGGAGACUGCCCUUAUGAGCCAGGCAAGGCUCGAGAAGGAACAAACAAGUAUGUACACUGGUAUUGCACAUCCAAAGGAGCACACUAGCCUUAUUCCUCUCUAUUCUUUAUAUGUCCUCUGCAUUUAGGGCCCAUCUCUCACUAUCAUGUAGCUUUGCUGUUCAUACACGAACAUCAUACAAUGUGCCUUUCACUCUGAGGGAACUUAUGUUGUCCAAGCUGCUUGCUUCUUCAGAGACGACCGUAUCAUGUCAAAAGCUUUCUCCAGGAAACGAAUACCAAAUGCAAUGAUUUUAGCUAAAUUCAUCUCUUGCAGUUGUUUUACUCAGUAGAUGGCAGCAGUAGUCCUUCUUCCUGGCAGAAAAUCAAACUGCAUCUCAUCUAGUCUAAUUCUGUUUCUAAUUAAUUAUAACUUUCUUGACCUGGUCAAUCAAUUUUAAGGCCUCUCCUUUAUGCUUGUAACAUCUGACUACAACUUGAUUUCCUUCUCAAGCGAUGCCAGGCUCAUAAGGGCCAGUUUCCUGGUUUCAGUGGCAUAGAAAUUUCUGUACAACUUGAUUAACUUUAUGGGUGACAAGGGUGUAUCUUACUCUGCACAAUCUUAGUAAACAAAAGGCUCGUUUAUAUGGGGUCGUUUGUUUCCAGUUUACUAGGUAAAACAUGACUUGACUCUUUGCUAUUCAAUAGAUUGGGAUAUUAGGACAGGAAGAGCAUCCAAUUGUACACAAGGAAAAUGCUGCUCCCAAGUAGGGAAAAGCAGGUGUUAAAAUGGCAAUGAUGAAAAAAAAAAACCCUGAAAUUUUUCAUAUGGGCAACCAAUCACUAAUGUUGAUUUAUCUUUUUACUUUAGAACCAGUUGCAUUAGGAGACAAUGUCACACUUCAUACUGAAGUAGCCGAGAUGACAGGAAUUGUUUUCUGGAAAAACGACAAUGGUAGAUAUGAAUGUAACCCGACUUGUUAUAAUUACGGUAACUAUGAAGUUACACAAGAUGGUAGCAAAUCUACUCUUUUGAUCCAAAUGGUAUCAGAACAAGAUUUCAUUUGGCGUUUUUGUGACUUGUAUCUCUGCUCUGCAAAAUAUACCUUAAUGACAAAAGGUGAAAAAACAGAAACAACGACAACAAAAGAUGCUGAAACUAAUGGAUCAGAAGACAGCUUACCAACCUAUGCCUAUGUCUUAAUUUUCAUAUCUGUAUUUGUAGCCAUUGUUAUCAUUAAGAAAGGCCAGGAAUGAUAUUGGCCAACCUUAUUACUGACUUUCACUGAUCCGGGUAGAUUUUAUGUAACAUCGUCAUUAUCAUCAUCGUUGGUUUGGCAUCACCUUUUCCAAAACUCUGCUCCAUCUUACUCUUGCUUGUCCAAUACAAGCAUGGAAAAGUGGACGUUAGAAUGUUGUUGUUGAUGAUGAAAACGAUGAUAU